CGGAGCGCAAAGGCCUAUUGUGGAUUGCAAGCAGAACUAGAAGCUGUAACAAUAUAUGUUUAUAACAUUGUCAUUGUAAUUUACAACGUUAGAUUCAGUAACUGUAGAAGUUGGUUGAUAGUGAAAUGGCUACUCUAGAUGACAAGCUCUUGGGAGAGAAGACCCAGUACUACUACAGUGACAGCGAUGAGGAUCGUGCUGAAGACGAUGAUGAUGAUAAAUCCAGCGGAGAUGAACUCAACAAGGACAGUUCAACAUCACCACAAUUCAUUCCAGAAUCAGAACUUAGCGCAAGUGGUUAUGGAGCAAGCCGUACGGGACCAAAGGGCGUAUUAGAGGAUUGGAGAAGAUUCAAACAACUAGAGACAGAAAAGAGACAAGAACAGGAAGAAGAAAGAAGAAUCCUGGCUGAAAAACUCGCUAUGACAUGUCGAUCAUAUCUUGAUGAUGAGAAAGCGAAGGAAGAUGAGGAGUUUGAACAACUUCAACUAGAAGCCAUGUUAGAAGAUGAGUUCAUGAGGAGAUAUAGGGAAGAACGUAUGAAACAAAUGAUGCAUAAUCUACAGAAAAACAGACCGAGAUUUGGCAAGCUCUUGCGUCUCAACAAAGAUAGUUUUGUUGAUGCUAUUGACAAGGAAAGCAAAGAAGUAACUGUAGUCAUUCACAUAGAAGAUCAGUCACUGCAAGCCUGCGAGUCUAUGAAUGGCUGCCUUCACUGUUUAGCACAAGAAUACCCCUUUGUCAAGUUUUGCUCAGCUAAUGCAGCAGAUAUUCAGACAAGCCAGUUAUUUACAGAGAAAGGACUCCCAGCUCUCCUUGUGUACAAAGCAGGGCAACUCAUUGGCAAUUUCAUCCGAGUCUCAGAUGUCUUUGGUGAAGACUUUUUUGCAACAGAAGUAGAAAGCUUCUUACAAGAGCAUGGCUUACUACCAAACAAGGAGGAUGGAAAGGUCAUCACAGGUCACAUGGAAGAUGAGGACAGCGACCUUGAAUUGGACUGAAGAGAGACUUUCAAGAGAUAUUAAGAUUGUGCUGCGUUUUCAUUCCACCAUAUAUACCCAAUACCCACUGCAAGUUGGCUGAAGAGAAUAGCACAGUCUGGACAUGUAAUAUGCAUGCAUUGUGCUUUCAUAACUCAAAAUUUUCAAUGCCGCAAAUCUUGCUUGUAUCAUGUUGGCAGAGAUGAUUGAAUGGUGGAGCAAAUAUUGCAUUGGUGCUCUAGAUCUCUAGGGGAGGGACUGUGUACGUGAUCGUCACCAGUGACCAUGCUAUUGAAUCGCAAGAUUGUGAAGCAUAUGUUUUACCUUGCAAGUCAACCUUUUCCUUUUGCAUUGUCUCUAUGCAUUACCAUCUUUCAGCAUACAAUCUACCUAUUUGUAGACCAAGGGAGCCUUUCAUGAAAUAGAAAGUGAUUUUCACAGACUACUGUUGUAAGCUACCCAAAUCCUUGCAUCUGAUUGGCUCAGAGCAAAAUAGUCAGUGAAAAUCACAUUUAUUUUAUGAAACAAUCCCAUUAUUAAACAAGGGUAUCAAAUCAGAAAAUCAAAGCUGUAAAUUGCAAAUCAAACAAAUGAAUAUAAAACAAUUUCAGUGGUCUAUCUUGAACUAUUACUUGUGUGAUUCUAGCAGUGUCUAUCACAGGAUGUUUAGGAUUUCAUUUAAUUCUAAUUUGAUAUUUUUUAGUUUUUGCCAAUCAAAUUUUAUUUUAUGAGAAAAAAAAGGAAUGAAGAAUGCCUUAGCAUGAUGCCAUCCUAAAGAACUUUGAUAGUGGUUAUGAAUAUCAACAUUCAAACAGAGAGUCAUGAGUUUAGGAGGAUCAGAUGUGCUAUGGAUGGACUAAAAUUGCUGGAAAUGUCGGAUCAAAUAAAAGCCAGGAGAAUGGAAUACAUUGAUAAUACAUAUUAUUGUUGGUUCCAAAUUAUUCAUUUCUUAGCAAUAUAAUUGUGAUCAUGUUAAGACCUGCCAAGAAUAAUAGCAGACCUGCCAACCAGUACGUUUUUGGCGUAUUGAGUACGUUUUUGCAACCAAAAUACGGCAGUAUGUUUUUUUCUUUAAAAAAUAUGUUUUUGUAAAAAAAAAAGUCUAAAUUGUAAUUUAUUGAGGAAAAUCAUCUCUUUAUGUCUCUAUUUCAUAAAACUUUAUAGAUAAAUGUGAUUUCAGGCAACCUGUUUUUUUCAAUCAGUUUGUUAAAUCCAGGGUGAGAUAUACACAUGUUUAAAUGUUUUUUUUCAUCCGCAAGAGCAGUGCGCAUUUUAGCUUGCAUGCAACUUGAGCGUCGCGAUGAGCGAGUGCACCACGCAACACAUUUUUUUGGGGAAAAAUACACUUUUUUUAUCACAGAAUACACUUUUUCAUUCCAGAGGUUGGCAGGUCUGUAAUAGUAAUGAAACGUUUUUUUUUACAGCGCAAAAUAAAUAAGAAAAAAAUCAAGAAAAGUGUCUAUGCCCUAAUUGCUUGAUGGCUGGAAUCUGCCUAAUCCUCAUGCAAGUAUAGCUUUUUGAGGGACUGAAUGUAAAUCAACUGUUGGGUGCUCUAUUCUUGUGUAAAUCAUGGCAUACAAUAUUUGUAUGCCUAAGUAAUUAAAAUAAUUUUUGUUUCAAUAAACAAAGCAAGCAAGUUCAAAAAGUUUUCUACUUGUGUAAUUAACAUCAAUAGGUGUGGUAUAUGUACAACAAAAAUGUGAUUUUUUUUAAAGUUAAAAAAAUGUGAUUUUCUAGAUUCUGUCACAGUAUGAAAACAAAAUAAUGUAAUGCAGUGUUUAUACUUGCAAAUUAAAUGUAAUUGAAUGCAUGUUGUAUCUGGAAGCUUGGUUUCUUCCAUUUACUUAUGCGUGAUGUUUCAUGUAAAAGAAGUUAAUAUGUCUAUAAGAUGAUUUUCAGGAUCAUGAAGUCAUAUUUGAUCUAAUAAGGUCUUGUAUGACAUCGUGGUUUCUAGGCAACCUGUGAAUACGAUAGAAUUCUGAGAUCAAUUUGUGAUUUGCAGCAAUUGUCUCUAAAUCUCAGCAAACCUGACGUUCUUUAUCGCGACCGAUGGUGAAAAACCACAUGAUGAUAAAUCUGUUUCGGAGUCAUACUGUUAGGAUGGAAAAUAGUUGAAUGGUCACCUUGAUAAUACUAUGGACAAAUUUACUGAGUUAUUAAAGCUGUGAAUAAGAAAUGCACACAAUGACAGCUUUCAUUUUAUUUGUUGAAUCAUUCAGUAAAGAUUUGUUGACUCAGCCUGCUUAAGGUAUAUAGAACGAUAGAGUAUAAGUUGCAAACCCACCUUUAAAAUUCAGACCUGUUGAUGGAUAAUCAAUUGAAUACAUUUGCACUGCAUGCCAAGGAGAAUGGCACACUAGG